AUCUCCCACAUUCACACGUUCGUAUGUUGGAGUAACUCAUGCAUUAAUUUUAAACAAAACUGCCUUAAUUAUUAGUCACCCCACCUGCUCAACGGAGCGCAUCUCCCCAAAACCGGCGAAUCUAUUCAGUGUACGAUGGCAUAUUCAUGUGCUUGCAAUAGUCGCGUGGUGGUCACGCCGCUUUCCGCGUUGUUGUUUAUACACAUUUUUCAAUAAAAAUCCAAACAUUGCACACGUGACGCAAUAUUACAUAGACUAUUUGUAUUGUCGACAAUGAAGUGUACCAAUUUUGCGAGCGCCAAAGCUCUUUUUGGAUUUUUCAAUACCAUAUUUUUCGCAUGCGGUUUUGCUGAAGUGAUAUGCGGAUUUCUGCUGCUAUGUGACUCACAGAGGAUUCUUCUCUCCCGUUUGUUGGCAACACCCGAGGGCGACUUUGAUCAGCCACCCUUCUAUUACCUAGCUUUGGGCCUUUUAGCAGCCGGGCUCAUCGUAUGUGCGACCGCUGCUUUGGGAUGUUGGGCUACUUAUUUACCGGGAUACAUCAUACUAACACUGUACUUCCUAAUAGUGUUAACAUUAUUGUUAUGCGAGUGCGCUAGUGGAGUCCUAGUGGCAAUCUGGCCGCGCUGCCUGGGACUCCAGAGCAGCCGAGGCGGCGCUGUGGGCGCGUUACAGUCGUACUAUGCACUGCCCGACUACGAACACUUCACGGCCGCCGUUGACCUCGCCCAAACAGAAUUGGGAUGUUGCGGCAUGACUAGUGCCCGUAACUACGACAUGUCAGUCUGGCAACUGCGACGGUUGGGCCCUCGCGGCAUGUCGGUACCGCUCACUUGCUGCGUGCAGUACGAAAACAGUGUCUCUUAUCUUAACCCAGCACCGGUGAACCAGUCACGCUGUCAAGAAAUACAACCCAAUCCACAAUUUAGGUAUCUUCCGGGGUGUCUCGAUAGACUUGAAGAGUGGUAUCAGGAACAAUAUCUUAUUUUCAUGCUGGGCCUUUUUGUAGUAGCUGUCUUCAAACUCGGUAUAUUACUAAGCACAGUAUUCUCAUGUAUCCGCCUUAGGAAACGGAGACAAAAUAUUCGUUCAUUUGUAAUGAAAUCUAUGGACAACAAGAGAAAUGAAAAUAUUUACGAAAGCAAAAUGGGCAGUUUGCACGAAGAACCCAUAACGGCAAAGUAUAUCCAGCCAAACAACUUCUAUAGCCCACGCGUAAGAAACCCAAGGAUCUUCCAUAACAAGCCCAAUGAGAUGGUAUGAGAAUUAGCAGCGGAGAUAAAUUCUUUAGAGAGGAAACUGGAAAAAUUCUCAGACUAUUUAUACAAACAUCAAGCAGACUCAAUUAUGUGGUAAAAAUCGUGAUAAGUAUAUCAUAAAUGAUAAAAAUCUUACCUCAUCAUACUAUUCUUAGAAGAAUCUAUUACUUACAAAAAAAACUGAUGUGCCAUAUCAAAUUAAGUUUUAAAACAAUUAUAGUUAUGAUCUUUGGUUUGUAUAA